AUGCUAUCUAGCGGAUCAACUGCGAAUAUUUGCUCAGCUUGUUCUCACAAUGGUUUGCGCCUCUUCACCGGUCGGAUACGCUCCAGCCUCAACCCGUCUCUCUUGACCCUGAACUCGAGUCUCAUAACACCAGGAGCAAUCCGUUCACAUAGCAGCUUUUCCAGGUUAUCGCCGUCGACGGCCCUCCGAAACAGACAUUCUCGCUCGCGAUUAUAUUCCACGUCGUUAUCGAACUCCGCAGCCUCAAACAAAGCCGCUAUCUUCGCUUUACUCGACCGGAUACACGCGCAUCAUUUUGACCUCUUGGAUCAUGCGGACGAGCUGGGACUUUUGGAGGAGUUUCCCAAGCUCACCCAUAUCUUUGAGCUCCGCUUGACGGACGAAUUUGUCGACGCAUUAGGCCAUCUGAACCAGGAGACUCUGACCGAGAGGGUUAGACUGGCAAGACAGCAGUUCGGAGAUUCGUUACCGGAAGGAGAGUUAAACGAGGAAGAGACUGUUCUGUAUACACGGCUAUAUGGGGCGCCGGCGGUCUUGCCGGAGACGCAACCGGAUACUCAAGCGCGGGAGGAUGAAGUAAACGCGCUUUUCCGUGACGAUGGGGAGGGUGGCCUGGUCGAGGUCGAGUUUGCACCACCGAUUGAUACUGUGGUAGAAGGAUCGUCGACUGUUGAUUUGGAUUCUAGCUUGGAGGGCUUAGAAAGACGGACACGUGCCGUUGCGGAACAAUUGGACGCGGAAAUGGUCUCCGACACUUUCGAAGAUUACGACGCUCCCGGGGACGGUCAUCCGCGCACACACCCAACAACUCUUGGUGGAAAAUUUGCAACGUCCCCUUCUACAGUAGCGGUUCCAAUGGAUGUGCUCCAGAAGCCUUUCAAUGAGUUCCUCUCCGAUACCAAAGGGAAACAUAUGAGAGAGGCCGCGUAUAAACUAUUCGACAGGUCUCUAUCCAAGUCUACUACAACGGCCUCAUUAAGCACCCCUGAAGAGCCUAUACCUUUGUCUGCGAGUCAGCCCGGCAUGUCGGAUAUGGAAGCCAAUCUCUUUCUUACGGUUCUGUAUCCAGGUAUGUACGCUACGUCGUUAAGUAUCUUGACAGAAGUCCGAAAGAGGCUGGGUACCCAAUGGUUGAGGGACCUGAUUAAUCAAGAAGGAGGCCCAAAAGUCCUUGAUGCUGGAGGCGCAGGAGCUGGCAUCCUGGCAUGGAGAGAAGCGCUCAAGGCAGAAUGGUCGUUGAUAUACCCUGAUCAACCUCCGGAAUUUCAAUUUUCUCAAGGUAAAUCCACGGUUUUGGUUGGCUCUGAUGCCCUACGACUACGCACUAGCAUGCUUCUUGACAAUACAACAUUUAUCCCUCGAUUACCAAACUACCUUCAUUCGCCUCCACAACGCAAGCAUUUUGACGUGAUUAUUGCGUCGCAUGCUCUGAUGCGUUUCUCAGAAGAUUACAUGCGCAAGGAAUAUGUUCAGAACCUCUGGUCCAUGCUGAAUCCCAAUGGCGGUGUUCUCAUUCUGGUAGAAAAGGGCAUUCGACGAGGUUUCGAUGUCAUUGGAGGUGCUCGAGAAAUGAUCCUCGAGAAAUUAAUUGCUUCUCCGGGAUCGACGAGUUAUGAAAAGAUCCUGGGGUCUUCGGGUGAAGAGACAAUUGUGCAAAAGGAGCCAGGGAUGAUCGUUGCGCCGUGUACAAACCAUUCGAAAUGUCCGAUUAUAAUCCAAGGCCAGAAUGCAACAAACGCAGCUUUCUCUGGCUAUGAAUCUUUCCUGGAUAGUGCCGGCAAUCAUGGGAAUUCCAAGGAAAUGGAGAAAUCGAUAACCCCACAAGUCAACCACCUUUCUCUUCCUCGAAUCCUCUUUCCACCUAUCAAACGGAAAGGACAUGUAGUGAUGGACAUGUGCACGCCCGCGGGAAAGAUUGAGCGCUGGACCGUUUCUCGCUCGUUCAGCAAACAAGGAUACCACGACGCACGCAAGUCUAAAUGGGGUGAUCUCUGGAGUCUAGGUGCAAAGACACGAAUUUCGCGAAAUUUGAGGCUGGGCGUCGAGAAGGACUCGACUUCAGGGGAUGAAUUGACCGCGCGAAAACAAAAGGUUAAAGAAAAGGAUCAAGAUCCUUUUAGAACCACAGUUUGGGGCCCAAAUCCACUGAGCGAGGAGGGAAUUGAAAUUCCCGAGUACGAAAAAACGAUGCAUAAAUUCAAGGCCGAGGCAGAGGGAAGGGGCAAAAGACCGAGAAAGAAGGCCAACAAGGCAGAUCUCAAUGAGAAAGAGAUAGGAGACGAGAAUGUUUUGGGAGCACGACCCGACUCAAUUAUGCCUAACUGGGUGAAAAAGAUGCAGAAGAAGCUACUCCGGCAACGGUUGGAGAAGCGUGGAAGCUCUGACAUAUCAUGA